UGUAGAGGUUGAGUUAGCCCGUCAUGUUUGUAAUGUUUGGAGGAGCACCAAUGAGAAGGAGGAGGCAGUCUCUGCUGCCGCUCAUAUAAUGUUCUUUAUUCUACUACUGAUACUCUCUCAUCAACAUUUGUUAUUAUAAGCCCUUUUAACUUCACAGUUCAGUUGCAUGAGAAUGCAGGUGAGUUAAUAGAGUAGUAUUGAUGAGGGGCAGAAGGUGGUGGCGAGUGCAACAUUAAAACUGCUGGAAAACUCUCAUGACUUGUGUGAGGUAUUACUCUCCUCUCUCACCCUCUCUCUCUCUCUCGAAGUGUUUAUACGCCAGAAAGUGAUGUGUGUGUUGACUGUGGUCACUAGUAGUAUCAUCAGCAGUGUGGAGAGCCUUGCUAGUACUAGGAGUCACUAGUAGUGGCUAGUAUUACUGCUGCUGCUUCAACACUCGUCUUCAUGGAAGCCGCUUCAUCAACCUCUACUAUCCUCUUCACCGUGCAACAACACAUUAAUGUGUCAGAGAAUGGAUAUUCCUGAAGGAGCCGUUGUACAGCAGUAUAAGAAAAGGUGACCUUCAGCUCAGUUAUGAUCGCAAGGAGAACACGAUUCCUUCACAAACAUAAUUUGCAGCUUGCUGGGCAGGACCACAGCUAUUAGCUUGUGUGUGGUCUUGCACCCUCGUUGACAUGUGGUUGCCACAGCCUGAGGAUCCUCCCUUUCUGACUGUGGGAACUGAGGUAUCUGCCAAGUAUAAGGGAGCCUUUUGCGAGGCCAAGGUCCACAAAGUCGUUAAAGUCGUUAAGGUUAAGGUGACAUUUAAGCUGGGCUUGGGAUCCAGUGUUUUGUCUGAUGAUCUUGUGAAAGGUGUUCUCAAGAUUGGAGCUCAAGUUAAAGCCAACCAUCCAGAUAAAAAUCAGUAUGUUGAUGCCAUUGUGAAUAAGAUUCAGGACUGUAGUCAAUACACUGUUGUUUUUGAUGAUGGUGAUAUUACAACACUACGAAGAACCUCUCUGUGCUUAAAAAGUGGCCGACAUUUUGCUGAAAGCGAAACCUUGGAUCAGUUGCCCCUUACACAUCCAGAGCACUUUGGUACCCCAGUUGGGGGUGCAAGAAGAGGACGUAGAUCAAGACAGCACCAGGAAGGGGACGAAUCUGGCGGUGAUGACGACGAUGAUGAUGAUGUACACAAGCGGCAUCGUUCUCGGAGGGAGGAGUGGGAAUCAGACAUUGGAAAAGUUGUUUGUGUUGAACUUGGAGAUAAGAAAAAACAAAAGGAUAAUUGGUUCCCUGGAUUAGUUGUUGCACCUACAUCCCAAGACUCUGUCAAGAUUGAGACAAAAAAAGAUUAUCUUGUCAGAUCUUUCCAGGAUGGGAGAUAUUACACAGUACCAAAGAAGGAAGCGUCACCUUUUAGUCGUGAAGUUGGCAGUAAGGUUUCUCAGAGUGCUCUGAAGAUAGCUGUUGAAAAGGCUCUUCUCUUCAUGACAAAUGACGAGCUACCACCCCAUUGGGAUCGGGAUUUACUCUUUGGCAUGGAUGUAUCUGAUGAUGAUUCAGAUAGGGAUGGAUCGGACUCUGAUAGUUCAGAUGAUGAGCCCAGAGAAGAAAAGGACCACUUUGUUGCUCAGCUCUACAAGUUUAUGGAAGAAUGUGGAGCUCCAAUCAACAGUGGACCAACUGUAGGCAAUAAAGAUCUAGAUCUUUAUAAAUUAUUUAAGGUUGUUCAGAAGCUUGGAGGCUUCAACCGUGUGAUGAACCAGAACCAGUGGAAGGUGGUGGCUAACAAGAUGCAGCUCCACAGUCUUGGCUCCCAGGCUCCCAACCACAUUAAGGCUGCCUAUAAAAGGUACCUCCAAAGUUUUGAGGAAUUUUAUCGUAAACUUGGCUGCACUAUGGUGAGUAAUCCACGGGGCUCUCGCACAAGACACCGUUCUGGCCGAAGCUUGAUUCGUGACUGUGAUCGAACACCUCGUGCUUGUAAAAAGAAAGAAAAUGAUAGUUGUGACUCAACAGAGGAUGAAACUGAAAAGAAAGAAGAGGAGGAGGAGGUUAAGAAAGUUGAGAAAAAAAAGAGUGAUAAGGAAGAUAGCAAAAAAGUUGAUGAGAAAAAGGAAGGAGAAAAGAGAGAGCCAGAUAAAAAAGAAACCGAUAGAAAAGAUAUUGAAAAGAAAAAAGAAGACACCAGAAGUGCAAAGAGUAGCAAGCAAGAUUCUCACAAAGCUGGUGAUCAAGAAGCAUCAGUAACAAGAGAAAGGUCUAGAGAGCCAUUGUUAACAAGAGAGAGGUCUAGGGAGCCAGCUAUGACGCGGGAGCGCUCUCGAGAGCCUGGCUUGGUAAGAGAGAGAUCUCAUGAGCCUGCGGUAACUCGGGAGAGGUCUCGAGAACCAUCUGUAAACAAAGACAGAAAUAAGGAAUCGGCUAGUGCCAAAGAUGUAUCAGGAGAGUCAUCCUCACCGAAAGAAAGAUUAAGAGAACCUAGAACCCCCAGAUCUGAAGCAAAAACUAGAGCUGCUGCAGCUAAAACUGAAGGUGUAGAAGUAAAGACACGAGCUAGCACUAAAGAGGAUAAAGCUGAAAGUUUAGAAAUAAAAACUCGUUCAAGUACUAAGGAUGAUAAGAAAGAGGAUAAAAAGGAAAAGGAAGAAAAUGAUGAGGGAAGCACUGAGGAGGAGAUAGAGAUGGCUCAGACUCGAUCAUCAUCUAAACGUGAGGAGUGCCGUGAGAAAGAAGAAUGCACAAAGAAGAUGACUACACCAACAAGAAAAACAAAGAUAGAACGUUCUGUCAGUAGUAGUGCUGCUGCUGCUGCUGCUGCUGCUGCUGCUGCUGCUCCUCCUGCUGCUCCUCCUCCUCCUCCUCCUCCUCCUCCUCCUCCUCCUGCUGUACCUCCUGCUCUUGCUACUAAUAAUAUAUCUGCUGCUACUGCUACAAUUCUUUGUGCUGAUGCUACUGCUACUACAACCACUACUGCUGCUACUGCCACUACUGAAACUAUUACUACUAUUAAUGCCACUGUUACUGUUGCUUCCACUACUACUACAGCUACUAAUACCACUACUGCUGGUGUUACUACUGUUGCUGCUGCUGCUCCUGCUACUGUUUCUGCUGUUGCUGUUACUACUGCUGCUACUGCAGCUGCUGCUCCUGCUGCUGCUUUUACUGCUACUACUACUGCUGUGUCUGCUGCUGAUACUAUUACUACUACCACUACUACUAUUACUACUACCACCACUACCACCACUACUACUGCUUCUUCUAUUGUUGCUGCUAUUUCUACAGCUGCUACCUCUGCAACACCUUUAGCAGCUGCAUCUACUGCAGUUAGUGUGUGUACUCCAGCUCCUACUCCCACUCCAACUCCUACUCCAGAAAAUGAUGAUGAUGAUGAGGAUGAUGAUGAUUCCACAGUGUCUAGUACACCUACCUCUGCCCCUACCUCUAGCUCCAGUGGCACUUCUGUAAAUACUAGUGAUAAGAAGAUCAAGAAGAACAAGGUAACCAAAGGUGGCCCAGGGCAAACAGGUGUGCCCCUGCCAGCAGAAGAUUCUCCAGGUGCUAAGAAACGAGGCCGUAAGAAGAAGGUGGAAGGGGAAGUAGAGCCGCCUUUGGGGAAGGCACUUAUUCCUGCACAUGUUCCUGUGAGUGUUGGAGAUAAGCUACGGGUGCUCUAUGGACCAAGUGCUAAGGAGUCGAAGGUCACAUAUGAAGCAAAGGUGUUAGAGGUAGAAGAGGAAGGUAAUGCACCAAUGUACUAUGUACAUUAUCUUGGCUGGAAUACCAGAUAUGAUGAAUGGAUUAGAAGACCACGCAUUGCAGAAAACAUCACUUGGUCACAGAACAGAGCAAGGAAGGGUAGAGCUGCUGCUACUAAAGAGCUCAAAGAAAAGAAGGAGAAAGAGAAAGAUUCCAAAAAGGAGGAUAAAGAACAAAUAACCGCUCAAUCUACUGCUUCUCCAAAGGCAAGUAUUGGCAAGCGUGGGAGACCCCCUGGGAGCAUGCGUGAGAGACGUGAAAGUGAGCGUAGUGAAAAAAGUGACACUAGCUGCACCAGCAAUGUAUCAGGCCCCAGCACAAGGGCAACACGAGACAGGGGACCUUCGCAGCCAGAUAGUCCUUCUUCUUUAGACCAGAGACGUACCAGACAUGCCAUCACAGGAACCACAGAGAGUGACAGUGAAGAUUAUGAGUCUGAUGUUGAUACAGGAUCAGAAAAAUCUCGCACUAGAGCUAGUUCUGAGCGACGUAGUACUGCCAUCUCAGCAUCCUCCUCUGCUUCUUCCACUCCUACCUCAGAACCCACCAUAAAUAAUUGUAGUAUGGAUAAAACCCCAAAGGAAACUCAAAUGAAAACUCAGAUAGUAGAGGUAAAGGAAGAAGAGGAAGAGCAGGAGCCCUGUGGAAAGGAUAUAGAUUUAAAUGCCAUUAUGUCAGAAAUGAAAGGUCUUGAUAAACCUAUUAAAAAAGAAGAAGACCGUGUUUUGAAAGAGACGACCCCAAGAUUAAUACCAGUGCUGCCUGCCACAUAUACAGCAGCCGAAAAGAAAAGCUCAGAGUCUCCUGUUAAACAGUGUUUAGAGGCUCUUCCCAAGAGAAUUACAGAAUCUCCAGUAAAGCCAAUUAUGCAAGAUGCAACAAAACUAUUAUCACCAAAGUUGGAAUCUCUAGAAGAUGAUAUUUAUGAAUUUAAAGAACCUGAACCAUUUGAUUUUGGCGAGAUGCGUGCAAGAAAAGAUGUCAGGAUAAAGACGAAUAUUGGUGUUGUGGCUAGUGAAGAAGCUGAAGCUGAAAGUAAGGACAAGAAGAAGAUGAGACCUAGAAAGGAUAUUAAGGAAGGCGAAAGUGAGAAGACAGAAUCUGAUAGUGAUACUUCGCCAAGUCCUCAGAAACGAUUGGUUCUUCCUAGAGAAUCACCAGUUAAGAGAUCUCUUCCUGAUAGUAAAGAAAAUAUUCUUGUACAAUCUGAAGGGAAUAUAACACCUGAUAAAAAAGAUACAAUUGCUGUAACAGCAAUUAUAACUCCACCUGGAAAAGUGCUUUUAAAGAGGGACACACCAUUGAAGGUUGAACCAUCAGUGGUAUCCAUACCAGAAGCAAAAAUUAUCAAGCCAGAAUUUUCAAAAAGCCCUUCGCCAAAAUCAAGUCCAGCUGAUUCUUCUAAAUCCCCAUCUCCUUUAAAGGAACCUAUAAGAUUUCACAUGAUUCCAGUGAAGACUAAAUCAAUUGCUAAUAUAGAAAGGCCAGUUGCAUCACUUUCAAAGGCUAUUGGCUCUCCACAUCUUCUCACUCAGGCUGUUAUGACAGUUAUUGAGUCUAAAGCCUUGGCCAAGCCUGUUCCUAAACAAACAUUUGAUGUUAAAGCUGAGAAAUCACCUCUUCCAACUAAGACUGAUGAGAAAGCAGAUGCUAAAGUUAUUCCCUUCUCACAGAGGCAGCAACAUAUAUUUCCUCACCUUUUGAAUCGCUCAGAAAACAAUGAAAAAUUGAAGGACAUACUUCCAAGAGUUACUACACCAUAUAUUCAGUCUCCUUCCAUAGAAACAGUGCCAACGAGUGAGUCUGGUUCUUUAAGUCAAAGUAGCUCUGAUAUUGAUAGAAUAAAGAGAGAGAGCUCAGUAGAAGAAAGUAUUGAAGCUGUUGUAAAGAGAGCACGGCAAGAUCAGGACGAGCAAGAAGAAUUGUGUAAGACUGACAGUAAGCUAAGCCCAGAUAAGAAAAGAAGAACCUCAGGGAGGAUGAAGGCACUGAGUUGUCAGUUUGUCCACGACACCUCUGAGGAAUCUGAUUCCGAUAGCAGACUGUCAAGACCUGAUAUUGAGAGGAGGUCUAGACGAGGACGGUUGUAUGGUGAAGGAGAGAAACUUGUGCGAAGUUUACAGAAGCUGGUGUCAGACAUAGAAAGAGAAAAUGCAAGAAGUAAAAGUGAAGAUUUAGAUGAUGAUGAUGACGAUGAUGAUGACGAUGGUGGUGGUGGUCAUUACAGUGAGGUGAUAGACGAUGAGAAGGAGGAGGAGGAAGAUGAAGAUGAAGAUGCAGAGGAUGAGGAAGAGGAAGAUGGAGAGGAAGAGGAAGAUGACGAAGAGGAAGAGGAAGAGGCAGUGAUUCAGACAUCUUUGAAAGGCAAAUUAAGCAAAGAGUUAGCCAAAACCCAAGAGACAGAAGAGCAAGAGGAUGAUACAAAACAUCUCAGAAAGAAGCCCAGAGCUUCCGCCACCCCAAAACGAGUAGAGGAAGAAGUAGAAACAGGAUUGGGUGAUUUAUUGUGCAAAGAAACUAUUCCACCUGGUAGUCCUAUGACACAUGAUGCUGUUGCAACCGAUUCAGAGCCUCAGCAGCAUCCUGAUCUAAAGAAUGAAAUGCCCUUUGCCAGUGUUCCCACAGGCAGCAGUUUUGGUAAAAGAGGGCCAGUUCCCGUUGGGCAAACAGUAGCAUCUGCCUCUCACCAACCUUCAACUCUACAAUCUUCACAACUUCUCUCUCAACAACAGUUACCUUCUCAACACCAGUUGAAGCAGGCUCUAAAACAGUCACAGCCAAUUGUCCUGCAACAAAAACAUCAACUUGUGAUUCCUCAGGUACACCAGGCCUGUCCUCAAAAGAUUCAGCAGCAACAAAUUCAACUUCAACAAAAAAUGCAGCAGUCACAGGUACAACACACACAGUUACAGAAACAACAAGUCCAGCAGCAGCAGCAGCAGCAGCAGCAACAGGUUCCACAGCAGCAGACUCAACAACAAACCCAUCAACAUGUACAGCAUCACCACCACUCACAGAUGCAACAGCAGCAGCAGCAGCAGCAGCAACAACAACAACAACAACAACAACAGCCACACACUCAAACACAGCAACAGAAUCCAGGACAAAAGCAACAUUUCUCAGGACAUCUACAGCAGCAUUUACAGGGGCAACCACAACAAAGCCCUCAGGUACAUCAGCAAAAUCUACAAGGGCAACAGCAGAAACUUGGACAAGUGCAACAGCAGGAGAAUUCAUCAGUGAUGCAGAAACAACAAAAUCCACAACUGCAGCAACAACAUAAAUCUCAAGUUCAUCCACAACACUCACAGGUGCAACAGCACCACCAAAUUAAAGCACACCACCACCAAGUUCAACAGCAGCAACAAACACAGCUGAAAGUAAAUCAGCAUCAGCACCAUGUGCAACAGCAGAAUCACCAGAAAACUCAGCAGCAACAGCAACAUCCACAACAGCAGCAUCAACAACAGCAGCAUCCACAACAACAGCAGCAUCAGCAGCAGCAGCAGCAGCAGCAGCAACAACAACAACAACAACAACAACAACAACAAUCCCCACCACCACCGCCGCCACCGCCACCACCUCCACUGCCACCACCACACCAACAUUCUCAGCAAUAUUCAUAUUCGCAACAUAAUGCACCCCCACCCCUGCGUCAACAUCCCGAACAGUUGCAACAGCAUUGCUCCCUCCGCCACCAAGAGCAACCUCAGCACCAAGACCAGCAAUUCCAACAGAUAUCCAGGCCUGUGUCUAGUGUUAAUAAUGCAGUACUAAAUCCUAACUUAACCAUAGUAGCUGCUACAACUGUGUCAGGAAAUGUAAGAAAUUGCAGUGGCAUCAGUGUUUCAGUUGGUGCCUCAACAGGAGCUUCUACAUCAAGUAAUGCUGGUGCUAUGGCAGGAACUGGGAGUGGUCAGUCGUCUGCUCAAACAACGGUCAUGGACAAUACUCCACCAACCACUCCAGAGAGUAUUAUCUCAAAUAUAUCAGAUUCACCUAGAGGGGACACUGAAACAGCCAAGUUGGAUGACUCUAGCAAGUCUGGCAGAGAUUCAUCUGAAGUUGAAUUAGAAUGUCUAGGCGACACCACCAAGCUUGAUCAGUUUUCUGAAGACUCCAACACUAUGGAUAGUACCCUAGGCAGUGAACCUCGGCGCCGUGUUAGGUUAAAUCCACCAGUCAAGCGUCAGCAUGAAGGGCAUCUUGCUCAAGUUAUUAUGGCUGAUGGAGAGGGCUCUGAAACAGAAGAGGGCCCUUCCACUCCAGCUGUCCCAAAGAGGCGACGCAGAGGUCCUAGAGCUCGAGCUAGUAAUGACCCUGAGGAUGAAGAAGGCACCAGGAAAGGCAGCUGCCAGGGAGCAUUCAUUGGACGCAGGCGGCGACGGCAUUCAUCAUCACGUGGAGGUAAAGACCAAGGUGCAUCCUGUUGGGAUUCCAAUCUAGCAGUUGCAUCGGGAUUUGUGGAGCCAGAUUCAAGAGCCACUAGAGAAGCAGGGAUUUCCUCACACUCAAGACCAGUUCUUCAAGUUGAUGAUGACCCAGAGACAAGUGGACUGUCCGCUUUAUCUCUUGCUUGCAGCGCAGCAAGACGUUCAAGAUACAACUUUUGUCAGGAGUUAGACCCUGACUUAGAUGCUUCCAAGAGGAUAGCAGUUUUGCAGUCCAGAAUACAAGAGCUGAAGAGAACAUAUAUGCAAGUCAAAACCGAACUUGCAUCAGUUGAACGAAGAAGGAAAAAACUUCGUCGGAAGGAACGUGAAAGUAAGUUGUCUGCAGAUUUUAAUUUGCUUUCCAAAUAUAAAAAAGUAUUGUUUAUUAUCUAGUAUUAUAUGAAUUUU